AUGUGUGAAGUAACAUCGUCAAAUUUUUUGGAAUUAUUUCCAUUCAUUACUCAACUCAUUGAUCAAUCAUGUUUUCUUGCUAUUGAUACUGAAUUUAGCUCGGUUGAUACGUUUUCUUCAUCAAUAAAAACAAUUAAACAACUGUAUGAACAACGUUCUAGUUUUGUCAAACAAAUAACUAUACUUCAAUUUGGUCUUGCAAUCUUCUCUAAAACAUCUGAACAACAAAAAUAUGAUGUUAAUAUUUAUAAUUUUUACCUUAAUCCAACAUCAAUUCAUCCAAUCGAUGUUGAAUACUCGAUGAAAUCAUCAUCAAUUAAAUUUUUAGCGGAAUUUAAUUUUGAUUUUAAUAAAUGCUUUUAUUCAGGUAUUUCAUUUCUUAAUCAAACACAGGAAGAAAUCUUGGUGAAUCAAAAUAAAUCAUUAUCAAAUUAUAAAUUUUCAAUAAAUGAGCAAAGUUUUUUGAAUAUUUUAUUUGAAAAAAUGAAUGCUUGGUUAAUAACAGCACAUGUUGAUGAUGAAAUGGAAUAUGAAUUCGAUGAAAGCAAUAAAGAUAUAUUAAACGAUUAUUUACUUCAUUUUGAAAUACGUCGGUGUUUUAAAACCAUUUGGACAACUACGAAAAUAAUUGAUGAUAAAAAAAUACUUUUCAUUCAUCAUAUUACGAAAGAAAUAUAUGAACAACAAUUGAAAGAUAAUCUGGAUAAUGAAAAAAAUUUUCAAAUAUUUAUUCAAUCGUUAACUGGUUUUACUAAUCUAAUACGUUAUAUACGAGAUAGUUAUCGAAAACCAAUUGUCGGACAUAAUUGUUUUCUCGAUUGGCUACUUAUUUAUGAUAAGUUUCUUGAUAAUCUUCCACCAAAAUUUGAAGAAUUUCAAAGAUUAUUAAAUCAAAAUUUUCAAUCAUCCCUAUUCGAUACAAAAUAUCUUGCAUUACAAAUGAAAGAAUAUCUAUUUACUCGUCAAAAUCGUUCUAAUAUAAGUAAUUAUAUUGAUAAACUAACAACAGCUACAUCACUGUCAUCUUUAUAUGAUUUAUUAACAUCGAAAUACUAUGAUAGUUUAAUUUUUCUCAAGCCUAUUAUUGAAAUAAACUCAACAAAUCAAUUUCAAUAUCAAGUUCGAAAACAUGAAGCUGGUUAUGAUGCAUUUAUGUCGGGUAUUAUAUUUCUUAAAAUGAUUUAUUUAUAUAAACAAAAACAUUUUAACAAUAAACUUGAUUUCAAUGAACAUCAAUCGAUAUUUGAUAUAUGUUUAAAUGAAAUUCAAAUAUUUAAAAAUCGUUUUUAUUCAACAUUUCUUCCAUUUAUCUCAUUAAAUCGAUAUGAUACAAAUAAAAUUUUCAAGAAAAACACUUUACAACAAUGCCUUGUGAUACAAAAACAUAGUAAAGAAAGAAUAGAUCUGCCAGAUAUUAUAACAAAAUUCAAUGCAUAUUGUACAAUGGAAUAUGAAGUUAAUAGAAAUUUAAAUAAAAUUUAUCUUCUAUUUCAAUCUGAACGUUGUCAACGACAAAUCCUUCAAGAUUAUAUCGAUGAUCCAUUAUAUAAAAUUGAAAAAUUUAAUUGGUUUAAACAUUCGUUAGUUGUGAAAUAUUCAUUUGGAAUAUCAAUAGUAAUGACUGGUAUUUGUAUCGCUUUUCUACUCAAAAAACGUCAAAUAUGA